GGGGCGGGGGGGGCCGGUUCUCGCCCACGGGGCGCUGCGGAGCCCGGGGCCGGCGGGGCCCGGCGGCGCCGGGGCCGGGGGCGGCCGGAGGGGAACGGGCGCCCCCGGCCGCCUCCCCGGGGAUGCUCGGGGCCCCGGGAGAGCCCGGGCUGGGCAGAUUUCCUUAUCCGGGGAUCGCAGGGCACCUCGCCAUUGGCCCGCGCUGUCACAUGGACUCCAACUUUGUUCACUUGACAAAAUUAAUGGCCAUGAGCUCGUUUUUGAUCAACUCCAACUAUGUGGACCCCAAGUUCCCACCCUGUGAAGAGUAUUCCCACAGCGAUUACCUUCCCAAUCACUCGCCGGAAUAUUACAGCAGCCAGAGGCGAGAGAGCACUUUCCAACAUGAAGCGAUGUACCAGCCGCGGUCAGCCUGCAAGGAGCAGCUCUACUCGUCCUGUCAGAGCUCCGGCCACCAAGCAGCGGUGUUAUCCCCCCGGGGUCAUGUCCAUCCUCCGGCCGGACUGCAGAGCCACCUCUCUGAGCCAAACCAUCCCUGCGAGCCGGUCACCCCCAGCCCACCACCCUCCUGCAGCCAAAACUCUCUGAACCAAAGCCCUUCUAAUUCCUCUUGCAAAGAGCCGGUAGUUUACCCCUGGAUGAAAAAAGUCCAUGUAAGCACGGUAAACCCCAAUUACUCAGGAGGGGAACCGAAACGCUCCCGCACAGCCUACACCAGGCAGCAAGUCCUGGAGCUGGAGAAGGAAUUUCACUAUAACCGCUAUCUCACCCGGAGGCGCAGGGUCGAGAUCGCCCAUUCCCUUUGCCUCUCCGAGCGCCAGAUCAAAAUCUGGUUCCAGAACAGGAGGAUGAAAUGGAAAAAAGAUCACAAGUUACCAAAUACCAAGAUCAGGUCUAAUUCUUCCAGCUCCUCUGCCAGCCUGCAGAUCCCACAAGGAGGAUCUCAAAACCGAUCCCAUGGACCAGCCACCAGCCUAUAAACUAUUCCUUGGACGGAUGGAUGGAGUGUGUGUGUUUGUGGGUGUGAGUUUGUGUGUGUGUAGGGAACACAUGAUUUUUUUUUUUUUUAAUGCUCCAAGAAGCGAGGGAAGGAGGGGUGCUCUUUAUUUAUAGGGGUAACAGAGGGAGACUCAGCUGCAACAAAGCAGAGCUGUGCUGUUGUGCCUCUCUUCCAUUAAAAGAAGGCUGUAGAUAGUAGUUUUCAGAUUUGGCUAAGAUGGAUCCUUGUUUCAUCUUUAAUCACGCCAAGCUCUGCCCCAUUUGUCAUGUUUACUCUCCCGUACAAAGGAUGGACCUUAUGUCUGCUAUUACCUCGACAACCAGUGCUCACUUUAAUAAAUGAGGCUCAGUUUCUUCAAGACGAACUGGAUUUUCUCUCCCCCCCCCCCCAGCCUUUCCCCCCCCCAGCCUUUUUCUUUUCUCGCCUGCCAGCCACAAACGGAAAGUUUCUGUCCCGCCAUCCCAAAGACGCGGCGGUUCUAGCACAGCCCUGAGAUGGAGGAAAAAAACCCAACAAACACAACCAAAAUCCCCGCCGGGCACGGAUCGUGGGGAGCGGGGGGGCUCUCGGACAUUGCGCCGGUCGUGCGUGGGAGUGUGUGUGGGGGGGAGGGGGGCUGGGGAAAAAAAAAGGCAAAUUAGGUCAAGUGGGUGGUGGAC